AUGUGGAGGUUGGUUUCAAAAACCAAGGAUAAAGAGGGGAAGAAGGAUGUGCACUUUUGUACUUAUACGAGACGUGAAAGCAACUCCAUCGUUCCUGCUUCUAAAUCAAAGUCCAUGGAUAUCUCUUCGUCAACGUCCAAGGUCACAGUAACCUACUGGGACCCCUUCAGUCUCUAUCCUCUGAUAUCUUCCGACCUCCGUUCUCGACUCCCUUUACGAAACCUACAUUGGAAAGCGCCUGCCCGCCCACUGCGCUCCAUCAAUUCCCUCCAUGUAGAGCUCAACCCAUCCCCUUCAUCUCCAGCAUUCGGGUCUUCACACGAUCUUACUCGUGUGAAGAGCUCUGAGUCUUCGCGUUCUGUGGAUUCUACCGUCCGUUCGGCCUCGAAGCCCUCUGCGCCCCAAAAGGAGCGUCGGCACCAGAUUCCCGGUCUGCGGAAUACCCCAUAUCUCAAGAUAUUUUUGCUUAGAUGCGAUGAUAACGAUACCUACAAAAACACCUCGCGGAAACUUCUCCGCGAGUGGGUUUCCGAACACACAGCUAGCUCAUCCAACGAGAACAAGCAGCAUGAUGCAUUCGAGUGGCUUAUUAUCCAUGUAGUCCUACCAAAUACAUCGGCAGCGCUCCAGCCCCGAUCUUCAUCAUCUGCAUCAAAUGCCGCCGGCAGCUCUCGUUGGAUGAAAGGCAGCACAACUCUCUUAGACAAAAUUAGGGGUGAUUUUAAUUCAAACACUAGCAAAAAAGAUAGAAUUGUCCAGAUCAGAAUAUCCCCCACACAUCCAGCACUGGCCACACUAAGCCCUCCGGUAUUGGUGGGAAAUCAAAUAGUUCCAGUUCCUGAAACUCCGACUGAAAGCGAAAUGGCAUGGCUGGAUCUUAUUGCCAAGUUUAAAACCCAAAUCCUUGCUAGUUUUGACGCAAGAGUUAGUCAAUAUGAGGACGACAUCCGAGAGAAGGAUAGCCAAAGAAGGCUACCUGGUUGGAACUUUUGCACAUUUUUCGUGUUAAAAGAAGGUCUUGCCAGAGCAUUUGAGUCUGUUGGCUUGGUAGAGGAUGCUUUGGUACUUUAUGAUGAAUUAGGUUUUGGUCUUGACGCAAUUGCGCGGGAUCAAGAGCAAAAAGAAAAGGCCGAAUCUAGCCCGGAUGAUGUUGUAGGGGGCAAGUUUGUUGGAUGGACAAAGGAGAGCAUUUGGUGGAUUGAAAAGGCUAGAAACAGAUGGGCUGCACGUCGUGGAGGAAAGGAUGACGAAGAACAGGAAGAUGUUGAUGAAGGAAACCCCCUUGGCACAGAAAGGAAACAUUACAGGGAGUUAAUCUUGUCAAACGAAAUCUCGCUAUUUGACUUCAAAUGUUAUCUGUUUGCACGGCAAUCUACACUAUUGCUCCGGCUGGGUAAAGGCCAUAACAUCGGAUUAGAUAUUGGUUCACCAGGCACUGCAUCAGGGACGUUUUCUCUUCACGAGGCUGCAGCCGCGGCGGUUGGCAAGCCAGAGGAGGAUUUAACUAGGUUGGCAGAGGUCUGUAAACGUGGUCUGGAAUUUGUUACUAGCGUGGCUAGAGCUUUGCGGGCCGAUCUAUGGACCGCAUAUCACUCUUCUUCAGAAGAGAAGCCUGACGAAAACGAAGAUAAUGUUAGCUGGAUGGUUGACAAUAUUGUUUCAUCCUGGAUAUUCGCUGUUUGUGAACAGCUAUUGAAUCAAACAGCAACUUCCAUACUUGCGGAAGGUUCUCUUGCAUCCCCAACAGACUCAGUUUCCGGGAAAUUCCCACGAAGAACUAGUAGCCUGCCUCCUACACCAAGCUCCGAAAUCACUUCUUUUGGGCAGACUCAUCAGGGGUCCAUAUCAGGAUUAGAAGAUCUUGCAGCAGUUCGCGCAGACUUAAUGCUUCUAGCACGUGGUGUUGUGGAGACCUUUGGAAAAAGGAAGGGAUGGAUCGGUAGUCUAGGGUGGUUUUUUCUUCCUGAAGUGGAGCGGGGUGAAGUUGAGCCUAAAAUGGAGGAAGUGAGAUUAGAUGACGAUAGAGAUACGCCCCAAACUAAAACGGCCUCCGAAAAGAAUAUAAUAGAUUUCUGGGGUGUGGAGGGAAUCCGAAAUGCGACUUUGAGAAGGGUUAUCGAAGGCGACAGAAAGGAGGAAUUUUACAAAAUAUUUGAAGAUUUGAGCGAGAAAGCCAUGACAAACUUUGGGCUAGCUAAAAGGGUUAAGAGCUGUGAGAGGGUUGAGGCAGAUUUGGCAGCUUUAAGAUUUCAUUUAAAAGACUAUGCUAGAGCUGCUAGCCAUCUCGAAAAAAUGACAAAAUUUUACGCUGAUCAAGGCUGGGGUCUAAUUGAAACGACGUUACUAGGGAUCAGAAAGGAAAAAUCGGGUUCCCUCGACAGUCACGUUCUAGAAGAAGAAGCCGCUGUCAUAGGCUAUAUCGAUAGCAUUGUUGAAUUAUCUAAAGAUAAUUCCAAAGAAAUAUCCGCACCAAUGUCUAACUUCUGGAGCGACAUUACUGUCGAUCCAUAUCCUCGACAUAUGAUCGAUAGAGAUGGAUUUGAAGUCGUAGUAAAGAUGAGAUAUCUCUUAAAGGAGGAAAUGCGGGUGGAGAAAAUUAGGGUCAGAAUUGUGAAUACAGUUGGGCAGGUCAAAGAGGUGUGGAUGGAAACCGAAGAGCCUACGAUAAUGAAGAAAGGAAUCGUGCGGGCUUUGGUUAGAACGAAUGCCACGGUACCAGGAACUUAUAUGGCGGAUCGGAUUAUUGUCACUGCGAAUAAGCUUACUUUUUUGCACGAGUUGACGCCCAAGUCGUCCCCUGUUACUCCAGCAGGCCUCCCGGCAAACUCUGGGGUAGCCGUCACUACUGCUAAGAAACUAAAGCUCUCAUUCUUUCCCGCACCCCGGAAUUUAUUAGUGAGAUUGGAGGUACCGAAGGAAAUCAACCUUGAUCACCCUAAGGCAACGGAGAUUGUACUUAACCCCGGGGAGAACUUAGUGCUCAAAGGAGAGCUGAGGGUUCGUUCUGCCACAGCCGGAUUGAGACUUAUGACAGCCGACCUUAAGGUUCUCGAAGGUGAGGGUAUGGUUGAUACAAACGAAAAGCCAGGGGUCAUUUUGUUCAGUAACAUGGGGAAAGGGCAGAAGAUUCGACUGAGAGUUCCCUAUACUAGCGAAAACGAUUUGACUGAAUUAUCAGUGAAAGUGGAGAUUGACUAUACUACAGUAACUGGCGAUUUUUUCUUCGCGGACAAGCUUAGUAUCGCUGUGAUAUUGCCCCUUGCAGUGAAUGUUCAAGAUGUUUUUAAGCCCGGAUCACUGUUCUCUAAAUUCCAGGUCUCGACGGCAAAUCCUGAAAUGCCUUUACGCAUCCUAAAAGCAACUUUAGAAGGAUCAGACAGUUUUGAGGCUAAAAGUGGGCAAGGGACCGAAGGAUCCAUGGUCGUUUUUGCAAAGCAGCCAGCAUCAUUCACGUAUAAAAUUACUAGGAAGGGGCCCAAAGAAUCUCAAAAAGAGCAGCCUUUAGCUUUGAUUAUUAAAUACCGAACCAUAGAUGAAGAAAUUAUUCAAUCUGUCCGAUCUACUUUCGCAUCGCAGCUUCAAGCUGCUGGGAAGGAGAAAUACAUGCAUUGGCUUCAGCCUAUACUAAUUUCUCAACUCCAAAAAAGACAUCUGCUAGAGUUAGAAACAACGGCAUUAUUGGGCGAGGUCCGCCUAGGCACUUAUGAAGAAUAUGGGUGGGAAGAGGCUCUGGAUGGUAUUACUCCAACACACGGAGAAAGGGAACAGAUGGAGCAUUGGUUGAAGGAGUUUUAUAAGAAAAAUGCAAUAAUUCAGCUUAACUCGGCUUUCGAGGAUCCCGAUACGGAACCAAUUACACGCUUGGUAGUCAUCCCUGUCGAGGUUCCACAACUGCAAGUCAUACACACCGUAGAAAUCAACAUACUCUCAGAUGCCAAUUCUAAAUCCCUUUCAACACCAUAUACACCUCAGAUGGUAGCUGUGGGGCAAGCUAUCCCUGCAGAAUUAGUAAUUCGUCACUCUAGAGCUUGGAACGCUGUAUAUGCUAAGGACGAGGAGAUUGAUGUGGGGGAUGAAGAGCUGGAGUUUUUUUAUGAAGUUCAAAAUAACCUGGAGGUAUGGCUGGUAUCUGGGCGAAAAAGAUCCCACUUCACUGCAAAGGAAGGGCAAAUCCAUCGUUUCCCUAUACUUCUGGUCCCGCUCAAAGCAGGAAAUUUAUUACUCCCCAACGUGGAGGUUAAACAAUACAUCCCAGUACAGCAACAAUCCGAGACAACAGGGAUCAUCAGUUCAGAAACGGACUAUAGAAGUAAUGGAGAAUGCGUUUUAGUGUUGCCGGAUGUGAGAAGCACGACAGUCAAGAUCGACUCGAGUUUUGGUGGCGAGGAGGGAUUCAGGAGUCCGGCUUCUAUACGGGCAUAA